AUGAGUCCAGAUCAGGGUUUGUUCCUGCAGAGGCUCCAGAUGUGGGGGCAGGGGCUCCAGAUGUGGGGGCUGGCACUUGUGACAGGGGGUCCCAAAGCCAUAGGCAUAGAGAAGAUAGGUUGGCAGGAGCAAGGGCAGAAUGGGAGCGGGGUCCUGGGGACCCUGUUGGGCCCUGAGGAGGACUGCGGAGGUGUCGGAAGUUCCUCAAAUUCAGCCAGCCACAGCUGCCCCGGCACCGAGGAGCUGACUGCGGCUCCAGUGCAGGGCCUGCUCCUUCCGCUCCUGUUCCCUUCAGUGUGCCCUGGGCCAGGGGCCAGGAAUGGUGGGGACCACAGAGCACAGGACACCUGUCCGUCCUUUGCUGUGACUGUGCUGCUUGCUCUGGUAGCAGCUGCUGCUGGGCCUUUGGAGGAGGAGGGAGACUCAUGUCCAGAGAAGAUCAUGUUGAAGGCCCUCAAGGAGAAGGGGGCAGGGAUGCCUGAGCAGGACAAGGACCCCAGGGUCCAAGAGAGUCAUGAUCAGAGAAGGGUUCCCGAGAGCACCGGGGAUGCAUGGUCUACAUUUAGGCCCCUGCGGGACGAUGGAGGCCUCUCUCCCUUCGUGCCCAGGCCUGGACCUCUGCAGAGAGACCUCCAUGCCCAGAUCAGAGCGAGACUCCGUCUCAAAAAAAAAAAAAGAAGUCUGGGAUAUACCCAGAGAUCUCAGUCCUCCUGGAUGAGCUCAUGCCCCAAACGAAAUGCCAUCUUGAGCUCCUACAGCUCCCCAGAAGGCUUCCCGUCACUAAAGAGGAGGAGAGGGCCAGCCUCAUCCCACUGUUGGCUGCCCCUCAAGUCCUCAAAGACGGUGAGUGAGGACCGGCCUCAGGCUGUCUCUUGGGGUCUCGCCCAGUGUGAAAAGGUAGCAGAUGCAGCACCAGGGCAGACACUUGCCCCCAGGAAUGGCUCCCUGACAUCCCAGGCCUCUAGGCCCCGUAGACACAAGUUUCCCCUGCUGCCGCUCAGGCAAGGGGAGCCUCUGAUGCUGCCACCUGCCUUACAGCUGGUCCGGGUCACUGUUGAAGACCUGGACCUCGAGAAGGAGGUGGCACUCCGGUGCAACAGUGCACUGUGGGAUGAGGCUAAGGCCCUCUGGGACUGCAGACCCUCACGGCCUUCCCACACUUUGUCCUCACUUGCAACAGGGACUUCUCGUCUGCCUGUUGUACAUAAAGCACCCAGCCUGGAUGUACAGCAGGAGAGACACAAGUCCCAAGACUUUGUGGCUGUCUUUCUGGGCUCUCUUAUCUGUGCCAUUGAUCUAUGUGUCUAGUUUUAUGCUAGGACCGUGCUGUUUUGGUUAGCACGCACUUGUCAAAAAUUUUGUCAUUCUAAUUUGCAGUGAAAUGGGAUGCCUUUAGUUUUGUUGUUUUUGGUGAGGAUGACUUUGGUUCUUUGAGCUCUUUUUUGGUUUCAUAUGAGUUUUAUGAUUUUCCAGUUCUGUGAGUGAUGAUGUUGGUAUUUUGGUAGAGGUUGUAUUGAAUCUCUAGACUGCUUUGGGCAGUGUGGUCAUUUUAAUGCUAUGAAUUCCUUCUGUGGGCAUGAAAUGAUUGUCCAUUUCUUUCUCUCCUCUUAAACAUUUUCAUCAGUGUUUUCUAGUUUUCCUUGUAGAAAUCUUUCACCUCCUUGGUAAAACUUUUUCUGCGGCGUAUCGUUUUCAUUUUGUUGCUGUUGUACAUGGGAUUGCCUUCUUAAUUUCUUUCCCAACUGGACCAUUAUUGGUGUAUAAAAUGCUGCUGAUUUUUGUAUGUUGAUUUUGUAUCCUGCAAAUGAGUGUAUUAAUUUAUUUAUCAAGUCUAGAGUUUUCUGGUGGAGACUUUACGUGUUUCUAAAUCCAAGAUCACAUCUUCAUCAGACAAGGAUAAUUUGAUGUCCUCUUUUCCAAUGUGGGUGGCUUUUAUUUUUCUCUCCUGCGUGAUUGUGUGAUUUCAAAUAAAAGUGGUGAGAACGGGCA